AUGGAGCGGAAAGUAAACGCGCUUUCAGCAAUAGAAAUAAGAGAAGCGUUAAAGGCAUUAAUCAAGAUAGCUCAGCAAGAAUGUUUUCCAAACCAGUUACAAGGCAACAAUAAGACAGACAUGAUCGCUUCAGUCAAGAAGUUGAACUCUCUUAAUCCUUUUUUUGAUAGUGAAGGUCUUUUACGCGUGGGAGGAAGGCUUAGAAACUCAGAAUUUUCUAAUGAUAAAAAGCAUUCUGUGGUUCUGUUAGCAAACCAUCGAUUCACUAAAUUACUUCUCAUGGAAGAGCAUAUACGACUACUACAUGCAGCACCGCAAGCAUUGUUAGCAUCCAUACGCGAACAGUUUUGGAUAAUCGGUGGCAGAAAUCUCGCAAAGAAGGUUGUUCACGAAUGCGUAAAAUGCUUCAGGAACAGACCACAGCAAACACAAGCAUUAAUGGGCGAAUUGCCUAAAUCUCGGGUGUCGGUAGCCCAAUCUUUUCAUGCCACGGGGAUUGACUACGGUGGUCCUUUCUUGAUAAAGGACAAGAAAGGCAGAGGCUACGUAUCUAGGCGAGGCAAACCGGCUCACGUAUAUUCAGAUAAUGGCACCAAUUUCGUUGGUGCCAAUCGCGAAUUAAAUGAUCCAGCUCGAUUCCUAUUAAAGGAGCAAACAAGCUUAAGUGAAUGCAUCAAUGACAUAGGCAUCAAUUGGCACUUUAUUCCGGCCUACUCCUCUCCACAUUUCGGAGGUUUGUGGGAGGCUGGAAUAAAGUCCACUAAACACCACUUAAAACGUGUUGCAAGCAAUUCGUCACUGACAUUCGAGGAAUUUUAUACGUUGAUUACACAGAUAGAAGCAAUAUUAAACUCGCGACCUUUAACUCCCAUGUCGACGGAUCCUAAUGAUCUCAUUCCUCUUACUCCCGCUCACUUUUUAAUUGGAAAGACCUUAAAUUCAGUGGCCGAUCCUGAUUAG